AUGCGUGCUCAGUACCUCAUUCUUGCUGCAAUUGGCCUCGUGGCUGCCGCCCCUCUCGAUGUCAGAGGAGCAGAUGCCGAUGCUGAAGCUAUUCCUUUCUACCCAAAGAGGGGAGCUGAUGCAGAGGCGGAGGCUAUUCCCUUCUACCCCAAGCGCGGAGCCGACGCUGAAGCCGAGGCAAUUCCCUUUUACCCUAAGCGAGGAGCAGAUGCGGAGGCUGAAGCGAUCCCUUUCUACCCCAAGAGAGGUGCUGAUGCCGAAGCUGAAGCCAUUCCAUUCUAUCCUAAGAGGGGCGCGGAGGCUGAGGCCGAGGCCAUCCCUUUCUACCCAAAGCGCGCCGCUGAUGCGGAAGCUGAGGCAAUUCCCUUCUACCCUUAA